AAUAUUUACCUUCUGAAUCUUACCGGUAGGGUUUAAGGAAAGUGGAGCUUGAAGGAGUUUAAUUCUCAAUCCAGAAGUCUUCCACAAACCAGCCUAAGGAGCCCUGUAUGGAUGGAUGCACAUCUAACUGUAAGGGCAGGACUACAUAGCUGAUUCCGCCGCGAUCCGCCGCGCAAAAUCGCAGGCGUCACAUCGGAUGCGACGGAAAUAAGGGGCAGACAGACAAUCGGAUUGUUCGAACACAGAAAUGGCCAGAAAACGCAAGGGGCUGCAGAAUGGGGAUGCGGACCAGAAAUCUAUUCAAAGCCAAGAAUCCAACUCCAUGAAUCUAAAGAAACAGGUUGGUCUAAUCAGCGGAAUAAGUCUCAUUGUUGGAACCAUAAUUGGCUCAGGCAUCUUCAUUUCUCCUAAAUCUGUCCUUUCCAACACAGGAGCAAUAGGACCAUGCUUGAUUAUUUGGGCAGUCUGUGGGGUUAUCGCUACACUGGGUGCACUGUGCUUUGCUGAGCUGGGCACGAUGAUAACAAAGUCUGGAGGAGAGUAUCCCUACCUCAUGGAAGCAUUUGGGCCAAUCCCAGCUUUCCUUUUCUCGUGGGCCAGUCUCAUUGUGAUUAAGCCAUCAUCGUUUGCUAUAAUAUGCCUCAGCUUUGCAGAGUAUGUCUCCGCUGCCUUUUACCCUGGCUGUGACCCCCCAGUGGUUGUUGUUAAGUGUCUGGCUGCAGCUGUCAUCUUGGCAAUCACACUGGUGAAUUCACUCAGUGUAAAGCUGGCAAGUUAUGUUCAGAAUUUCCUCACGGCGGCAAAGAUGAUUAUUGUUAUAAUCAUUAUUGUAAGUGGCAUCGUUCUGCUAGCACAAGGAAAAACCCAGAACUUUGAAAACAGUUUUGAAGGUGCUACAAUCACAGUUGGGGGUAUCAGUUUGGCUUUGUAUAAUGGCCUGUGGGCAUAUGAUGGAUGGAACCAACUAAAUUAUAUCACAGAAGAGCUUAAAAAUCCAUACAGAAAUCUACCACUAUCUAUAAUUAUUGGAAUUCCUCUUGUCAUUGUUUGCUACAUUUUGAUCAACAUAGCUUACUUCACUGUCUUGACACCGACAGAGCUUCUGCAGUCUCCAGCUGUAGCAGUGACAUUUGGGGAUCGAGUUCUGUACCCUGCAGCCUGGGUGGUUCCAUUGUUUGUAGCAUUUUCAACUAUUGGAGCAGCCAAUGGCACAUGUUUUACUUCUGGAAGACUUGCCUUUGUUGCUGGCCGCGAGGGCCACAUGUUGAAAUUUUUGUCCUAUAUCAGUGUCAAGCGUUUGACUCCAUCUCCAGCCAUUGUCUUCUAUGGCAUUAUUGGUAUGAUUUACAUAAUUCCAGCCGACAUCGACACCCUUAUUAACUACUUCAGCUUUGCUGUUUGGCUGUUUUAUGGUUUAACUAUUGCUGCACUUGUUGUUAUGAGAUUCACCAGGAAAGAACUGAAACGACCUAUCAAGGUUCCAAUAGUAAUCCCUAUUAUUAUGGUUUUAAUCGCGAUUUAUUUGGUUUUGGCACCUAUCAUCGACAAGCCUGAAUUAGCUUACCUGUAUUGUGUGCUAUUUAUUUUAAGUGGUCUUAUCGUAUAUUUCCCAUUCGUGCAUUACAAAGUCAAAUGGGCACAAAAAAUAACAAGGCCAAUAACCAUGUUUGUCCAGAUGUUGAUGGAAGUAGUUCCGCCAGAAGAAACAGCUGAAAGUAAAACUGACCAGCUCUAAUAAAUGAAUAUAACCAUGGACUGGAAAUAUGUAUUUAAUUGCAUUCUGUGAGGCAAAGUUGCCCCAUAGUUGUACAUAUUGUAAAUGUGUUAUUGAGUUCAUUCACCUUAUAAGGUAAAUUAACUUGCAAAUGUAUUUUUUUGGUUAUUAAAUCAACUAAGCAGCAGAUAUUGUAAAGAUUUGCAGAUUGUUAUGUAUUCUUUCUGUGAAAUAGAAUGGAGAGUGGAUACAUAGAGACUCUGAGCAGAAGAAUCUCCUAUCAGCAUGCUGCAGAAGAAAAAUGACAUUACAUUUAAAUAGACAUAUGUAAAUACUUGCUUUAUAAAAAGCUGAGAAAAUGGUUUGAUGAUAUCCCCCGUUUAUAUAAACACCAUGGGACCACUCUGGGGUACUUCAAAUAAAAGAAACGUAUGAAGAAUGAACUGUGCCCUCUAUAAUGAUGGGUCCACAGUUUAAUGUCUGAUUCCGUUACCUGUUCAUAAGGCCCUAAGAAAAUAUGAUAACAAAAUAAAUAUGACAAAUACA